GUCAUCAGGAACCAGCACGGGGAGGUGGUCUUCCGGCUGGCCUUCCGCUCGGGCAGCCUUGACCUGGAGUCGUGCUCCAAGGAGGGCGAGAUUUUGAGCUGCACGCGGUCGGGCGGGGGGCCGCUCAACUUCUUCAUCCAGACGGUGAAGCCCAAGGACACGGUGAUGUGCUACCGCGUGCGCUGGGAGGAGCUGGCGGACGGCCCGGCGGUGGAGCACACCAUGUUCUGGGAGGACGCCCACUGGUACGGGGGCUCGGAGAUGAGCACCCAGCACUGGCCCAUCCGUCUGGCUGGCUACCAGGAGCCCGUGCCCUACGUGACGAGCGAUGUCUACUCCUUCCGCGACAGCUUUGGUGGCAUCCUUGAGCGCUACUGGCUCUCCUCCAAGGCGGCGGCCAUCAAGAUCAAUGACUCGGUGCCCUUCCACCUGGGCUUCAACGCCACCGAGCGUGCCCUCUUCUUCCAGGCCCGCUACAAGGACUCGCCCUACAAGCCCCCACCGGGGCAGCCGCCCUUCCCCGAGCUCAGCUACCGGGUCUGCGUGGGCUCCGACGUCACCUCCAUCCACAAGUACAUGGUGCGCAGGUACUUCAACAAGCCCUCCAAGAUCCCUGCCGAGAAUGCCUUCCGAUACCCCAUCUGGUCCACCUGGGCCCUC